AUGUACGAACUCUUGGCCGAUAAUGCCACGAUCCGACGCAAUCUCGAUGUCAUCGACCGGCUGCGAGAGCUGGGCAUGAGUGAAGAGCGGAUUCUGUUGCCGACUAUUGUCGUCGUGGGCGACCAGUCCAGUGGCAAGUCCAGCACACUCGAGUCCAUCAUCGGCAUCGACCUGCCAAAGGGCAACAACAUUGUUACGCGCAACCCACUUGUUUUGCGCAUGGUGCGGCUGCAGCUGGAAGAACGGCCGUAUGCCAUCAUCAAGUGCGGCAACCAGCCCGAGAAGGGAUUGUGUCUGGAGCCCGAACGCAUCGACAACCUCGAGGACAUUCCCAACCGCAUCAUCGAGUUCACGAACCGCCUGAGCGGCACAGGCUCGAACGUGACUGCGAACGAGAUCACUCUGACGGUAUUCAAGCACAAUGUCAACGAUCUGACGCUCAUAGAUCUCCCCGGAAUCACCCGAGUGCCUGUCAAGGAUCAGCCCAAGAAUAUCCCCGAGAUCAUCAAGGAAAUCAUCAUGAAGUACAUCGAGCCAGACGAGAGCAUCAUCCUGAACGUUUGUGCAGCGCACCAGGACUUUUCAACCUGCGAGACGAUCCAGCUGUCGCGCAACGUCGAUCCCCACGGCAAGCGAACUAUCGGAGUGUGCACCAAGGUCGACGAGACCAACACCAACCACGACAUUGUCCAGAAAAUCUUGGCCAGAAGAGACACGGAUGUCAAGCUGAGUCUCGGGUGGAUUGCGAUCCGCAACCGCAACCAGCAGGAAGUGCUCAGCAAAAUGUCGUUUGAGGAGCUCCGCAUGAAGGAGAAGCAGCUGUUUACCACGCACCCAGUGCUCAUGGACCUUCCCGUGGAAAACUAUGGCGUCCCCGAGCUCAUCCGCCGUUUGACGUCGAUCCAAAACGCACGCAUCCGGUCCACAAUCCCGUCGAUCAGCGCCAACAUCCACGCUCGGCUCAAGGCGCAGAAGGAAGCUUUAAAGGAGAUGGGCAAGAUUGUGAUCAGCGUGCAGGACGCCAUAGAGACGUUUUCGCUGCUCUUGAGCGACUUUCUCAAGCGUGUUCGUCGCGUGGGAUUCGACCCAACCGGCAACGACAAGGAGCAGCCCAUCUCCAAGAUCCUGUACGGGCUGUAUCAGAGCUUCAAGGAGCGGAUCCGAGAGUCGUGCUCCAAGUUUUUUAGCGACGAGUACGCCAUCGAAGUGGAGCGCGAGAUCGAGACCCGGGCCGGCAUUAGCCUGCCCAACAUCAUCUCGGACGAGACCAUCACCAACCUCUUCCGGAAGGAGAAGGAGAAGGUGGUUUCGUGUAUCCCCGAGCUCGUGCAUCAAGUGCGACUGGAGGUGCAGACGUUUGUGAUCAACCAGUGCGACCGCUGCAUGGCCAAGAGCCCCAGGUUCUGCACAGCCAUCAAGUCCAGGAUCAUCGACUGGAUGGAGGGCAUCCAGGCGCGGGUCGAGGGCAUCCUUGCAUCGCUCAUCGAGACGGAGGACGAUGUGUUCACCUUCAACGAACGCUACGAUCGGUCGCUCAAGCUGGUGACCAAGGGAUAUGCCAAAGCGCGAGAGAUGUAUUUGCAGAGCCAGGAGAAGACGGCUCUGCCUGUCCCUUUGGUGACGUCGCCGACGGCUUCGUUAGCUCAGUCGCCCCUGCCGCCUCUCAAACACUCCUGCUCGGGGCUCGCGCCGCCCAAGACACUGGCGUCGGUCCCGCUGGCCGAGUCUCAAAAGAGUUCCAACGAUUCGCUGUCCAAGAUCGUCGCCGAGCCGUCCGAGCCCCCGUCGCGGUCGCUGUCUGCUAAAGGCGGGACGACACAGUACAGCUCUGGUUACAUGGGCAUGCUUCUCACGACGGCGGAUAUGCCAAACACGUAUUCGUCCAGCCGGCAUGUGAGGCAGCACAUCAAGGAGCAUUCCGAGCCAUCAAAGCAGGAGCCAUCAAAGCAGGAGCAAUCCAAGCAGGAGCAAUCCAAGCAGGAGCAGUCCAAGCAGGAGCAGUCCAAGCCCGAUAGCCCGUGCUCAGCCAGCGGGUCGCUCUCCCCGACCCGCAAUCCCGACGAAACCGAGCUGCCCACCGACGGCUCAACCAGAUCACAAGAGUCCCCCGACGGCCUCGUGAUGGUGGACUCUCUGGUCUCGAUCCGGAUGGACAAGGGCUCAGAACUCCCAACCGUGGUCAUGUGUGUUGACGGGAACAAGAUUGAGAUCCCGCUGAGCGACCAUCACGAUCGGCCUGGGAUCUUUGAGAUUCAGGCAACGCUGAGCUGCUACUGGCAGGUGUUUUACGAGCGGUUCUUUGACAGCGUCAUCAUGCAGAUACGGCAUCACUUUUUCAAGAUCCUUGUCGACGACUCCAAACUCCGCGACUUGAUUCAGAUGGAAUUUUAUGACCGUGACCGGCUGCUGCAGUACUUUGAAGCCGAGAAGCCGAUUGUCGAAAAGUACGAGAGCCUUGUCAAGUCGGUCCAGCGCCUGGAAAUCGCUGCGCGCGAGCUGGCCAAGAUCUGACGGCACCGCAGCGCCAGCGCCAACACCAGUACCAGCACCCAAUACCCAGGACCGGGAGGCGGCUGGAUGCUGGUGGUGGGGGGUGGCGGCAGGGCAACCGUUUUGCCUGAGGCAGCAUUUUCAACCGGACUUGCAUGCGCAAACAGAGAUUCAGGCACCGG